GAUAAAUAGCCUUGUGUUGUAUAAAAUAUUCGCUGCUCACAUCUACAACACCAGAAGUACGGUGUUUUGUUGUAUCUGCAGUUCUGCACAGGAUUACGUAACUAUGGAAAGUGUUUCAAAGCAUGAGGAGACACGUAGAGGAUCGGUUGAUGUGACCCCUCUACCGUGGCCUAAGCUGAUUCCUGCGCUCGGGCUUCAGUUAGCGGAAGCUAUAACUACGGAGAUGCUGUUUCCGUUCGUUGCUUUCAUGGUGAAGGAUUUCCAUCUCACCGACGAUGAUAAGAAACUGGGAUACUAUGCCGGCUACAUUGUCAGCAGUUUUUUGUUGGCACAGUUUGUGAGUUCGUUUGGAUGGGGAGUCAUCAGCGACAGCGUGGGUGAGCUAGUUCAGUUUAGGUGCAUAUGACACAUACAUAUGUGUAUAUGUAUGUUACCUGCUAUGUUGUUGUCGGAUUGUUUAACUACGAGUAUGCCGGCUACAUACGAAGUUUACGUAGCUUAGGUUAUAAAUUCAUAUUUGACGUCUACGCGAAGAGGUAUAUCCUGCCUUAGCAUCUUCUCCUUCGAUGCAAAUUAAAGGGCUGUUAGCAAUAUAUCUGGCCAGGGACUAGAUAACAAAAGCUGUUUUUGUGUACAUGUAUGUUACGGUCGUUCCAAUCCAUCCGUCAAAAGACUUGAUUUUCCUAAAAACAGGUC